AUGAGCGAUCUGCCGUCUCCCCGACGAAUUGCAGUGUCGACUUUUCGGUCGACGGCGAGGUUACCAUUUUGGACGCCUCGUACGAGGACCCGAGCGAGACUGGUGUUGCACAGCAGUCCGGACAUCUCAGCAAUCCUGAGACCCCGAAGCGUCCUGAGACCCCUAAGCUGCCCGAGAAAUCGAGCGAUAUCCAGAACCUCAAGCACCCUGAGGCCUCUACACCUACUACUAUUCCCAGCCGCCUUGAGAAACCCGUCGACCUUGAAAACUCGAAGCCCCCAGAGCCCACUGCGCUCCCUGACAUUCAUCCGCCCCCCGAGCCUACUACAACCCUCAAGCCUACCACACCCCCUCAGGGUUCCGGACUUCAACUUACCAGAUGAGUUGGCAAAUAAGCCCAACUUCGACGAAUAG